UUGUGAACGGACUGAACGGAGCACUUUCUCUUGCGGAUCAGAUUGUAUUUGGGAUUUAAAAAAAACACCACGGAGAGAGAGCGUAGUUGAGCUUAUAUGCAAUGUUGGCAUCCAGUUUUUGAAGUUUUCAGAGGAUGCAGACAACACGCAGCCCUUCAUCCAUUCCGACAGGCGGCUCAGGAGAUGCCUUGGACCUCAGCUUGUCAGGCUCCCAGCUCACUGUGUCCAGAAGACCCAGCAGUGCAUCGCCUGGGAAGUACUUCUCCAGGUCUGUGUCGGUUUCUGUGGCAAGUGAUAGCAGAGGAAAACGCAACACGCUGAGUGAAACCAGCUUCAGUGGCUCCCGCUCCAUCAAGAACCUCAGGCGGUCCAACAGCACUACUCAGGUCAACCAGCAGGCCAACAUCAGUUUAAGCCAAGACCAGAAUGAGGACUACCUGUCCCUCUUCAAUCGCAGCUCAGAUGGACGUAAGAAACUGGCCAGCCUCAGCAAGACAUCGCCAGACCGAACCACAUGGAACAUCCUGGACGAUCAGCCAAGAGCGUUCCCCGUGCAUUCGAGCCCACGCAGCACUACGGGCAGUGUGGACUCUCCCACCAGCAUGAAGAAAAGAGAGCCUGGCAUUGCUCUGGCUGCCACUUUCACUGCUAACAACAGGAGCAACAAGGGAGCUGUUGGGAACUCUGUCACCACCAUCUUACACAACAACUACUCCGAAAAACCCCUCACACCUAAGAGCUCCAACCAGAAGCCCUCUUUUAACAACAUUCUGAAGGCCACAGCAAACGAUGAGGUGUCGCAGGAGAACGGCUCCCUUACGAAGUCCCAGAAGAAUUUCUCUUCAACUUCCUCCCCCUCAAAUAACAGAUCCCCGGUGUCGGCCCAGCACGGCAGCCCCGUCCUGUCCCGGAGGAGGGAGGUCACAGAGGAGGAGGCUGAGAGGUUUAUUCAGCAGGUGAACCAGGCAGCAGUCACCAUCCAGCGCUGGUACAGACGCCAUGCAAAGAGACAUCACACCGACCAGGCCAUGCUCAAACGCAUCCUUGCCAAUAAAAGAAAGGAGUGGGAGGAGAGAGCAGGAGAGGACGGUGGCCCGGAGCAGCGGCAAAAGAAGGAUGAAGACAGAAAAAGGAUCCGCGAAGAGAAAGCUCGCCUGGCCCGCCUCGCAGCCAUCAAGGAGCUGCAGCUCAAAAGAUCCCAGCAGGUUGCAGAUGUCCAGCAAGCAGCCGAGGCAGAACCGGGUAGCCUGAGACAGACCGGUGUGGUCGGACGCAAGAAGCCGCCCAGAAUAUGUCCCGCCAACAGAUGUCCAGCCUCACCGAGCAACAACAGUCCGCUGUCACCAACAGACGUCAAAGCGAAGAACACAGACUCCAAUUUAAAUGUUGUGGCAGACUUUGGCGAGCUGAGCUUCAGAGCUAUUUCUCCAGCUCUAUCUGGUCACAGAGGGUCUCAGUGCUCACAGGAUCAGGAGAUCAGAGUAGAGGUGGACAUCUGUCUGGAGCAGCAGCAGCAGGAAAACGACAGGAAACUCCAACGUAAAGAGAAAGCUCGUCUUGCACGCUUAGCUGCCACCCAGGUGGACACACCUGGUGGAAGUGAGCUGCAGCAGAAGAGAGUGCAGCGGGUCACAGAUGUUGAGCUGGAUAACGUGAGACAGACUGGUGUGGUCGGACGCAAGAAACCGCCGAGAAUAUCUUUGACCAGCAAAAGUCCUGCCUCCCUGAGCAACAACAGUCUGAUGUCACCUACAGAUGUCAAAGCUAAGAACACAGACUCCAACCUGAAUGUUGUCGCUGACUUAGGGGAGCUCUCCAGCUUCAGGGCUGUCUCCCCAGCUUUGUCCAACUGCAGAGGUUCCCAGUGUUCCCAGGAGAUCCUGCAGAGGUCGGUAAGCGUGGAGGACCAGCGACAGGGAGCUUUGUCCAGCAGGGCUCCGUCCAAAACCACUCUCACUGAGCUGCUGGACACCCUGAAGCUAUUAGAGGAGGAGCCAGAGAGGCUGUCGGAGCCAAAGUGCUACCACAAAGAGAAAUAUGCCUGGAUAGAUGAAGAUGAAGACUCCAACUCUCUGACCACUGACAACCUGGAGCGUCACGGCCAGCUGAGCCAUCACCCUGCGCUGCCAGACGGGGGCGCCCUCCUCUCUGAGGCCAAGCUGCAGAGCAUCAUGAGCUUCCUGGAUGAGAUGGAGAAAUCUGAACAGGAAAGACCCCGCUCUGUUACCUCAGGUUCUCACAGAGAGGCUGUGCUGUCAGAGGAGGAGCUGAUUGGUGUGGAGCAGGCGUCUGCCACAGCCGCUGAAAUCACUGGAUCCAUGAUGAGAAUCAAAUUGGAGCUAGAGGAGAAGAAACGUACCGUCAACAUGCUGCAGACGGCACUGGCCCAGCAGAGGGAGCUGACAGUGAGACAUGUGAAGGAGACAGAGAAGGAGCUGUCCAGAAACUUCCAGCUCCAGAAGGAACAAUAUGAAGCCACCAUCCAGAGACACCUCACGUUCAUUGAUCAGCUGAUCAAUGAUAAGAAGACUUUGAGCGAGCGCUGUGAAGGGGUGGUGGGAGAGCUGAAGCAGGUGGACCAAAAGUACACCAAGAAGAUUGCACAAAUGCAAGAGCAACAUGAAAUGGUGUGGCAAAUUCUGGGUCCCUUGUGUGAGGAAAUCAAGAAGUUGAAAGAGUUAAUGAGUGCUACAGAGAAGAUCCGGAGGGAGAAAUGGAUCGAUGAGAAAACCAAGAAGAUCAAAGAAAUCACUGUUAAAGGUCUGGAGCCAGAGAUCCAGAAGCUGAUCUCCAAGCACAAACAGGAGCUGAAAAAGCUGCGGACACUGCACGAGGCGGAGCUGCUGCAGGCCGAUGACCGGGCGGCCCAACGCUACGUCCGCCAGUGUGAGGAGCUCCGCCAGCAGCUGGAGAGGGAGAAGGAAGAGCAGUGUCAGAGAGAGAGAGAGCUAGCCAAACAGAGAUAUGAGAAACAGCUACAGGAAGAGGAGUUGUCCCUGCAGCAGCAGAGGAGGCGUCUCUACAAGGAGGUGGCUGAUGAGAAAGAGAGGCUGGCUCAGCUGGCUGCAAGGCAGCGCGCUGAGCUGGAGGAUCUGAGAAAGCAGCUGGAGGAGAACAGCUCUCUGGCUGGACGAGCCCUCCGAGAGGAGCUGGACAAGACGAGAGAGGAGCAGGAGAGGAGGCACCAGGUGGAGAUGAGGGCCGCACAGGAACGCUCGGACAUCGAGAAGCAGACGUGGGAAGAAAAUCACAAGAAGAAAGAGGAAGUCUGGCUGCUGAGCCGCGAGCGCGAGCUCAAAGAAGAGCUACGACGAGAACGCGACAAAGAGAUCGAGCUCGCCAUCUGGACGCUGGAGGAGGAGACCAGCAAGGACAAGGAGGAGUGUGAGAGGGCGGCUGACAACAGGGUGAAGCGUGUGAGGGAAAAAUACGAGGCAGAGCUGAGGGAGCUGCAGCGCUCAGAGAGGACGGCUGUGGAGAAACAACAGGAGCUGAGGAGGCAGCAGAUGGAGGCGGAGGGCGAGCUGAUCCGACUGCAGGCCGCUCUCCGACAGAAAGAACAGGAGAUGGAAGACAUCACACUGACCAGAGAUAAGCUGGUGGACGAGCGUCACAGUCUGGCUGAGGUGAUACGGCAGGAGUUUGCCGACCGGCUGGUGAUGACUGAGGAGGAGAACCGCAGGAUGAAGGUGGAGGUGUCGGAGGUGCGAGCGAGGUUGCGUCUGGAGGUUGAGAGAGUCACCAGGGAGAAGGAGGAGGAGCUGGCUGAGGUCCACCAACGCGUGAAGUCGGCUAUUCUGAAGAAGGAAGAAACUGUUAAUCAUCUCCGGAAGCAGCACGAGGCUGCGCUGAAGAGGGCGGACCACCUGGAGGCCCUGUGGGAGCAGCAGAGGAAACAGCUGUUGGAAAAGUGACUGACAGGAAGGCCUGUUUUCAUCUGUCUCAACCACCACCCCCCCAACAGAACCUCUAUCCACGGUGUCGCUGAAGCCCCCCCCCCCAUACCCUCAGCCCUUUUUUGUCCUUUGGAUGUUUUUUCCUACCAGCAAGACUGAACCUGUGGAACUUCAGAUGUUGAACAAGUGACUGAACCUUGUCCUACCUCAUUUGAAGAAUACAAAAUGGGGGGGAAAAGCCCUGGGCCUCACUGUAUAGACCCCCCCCCCCACAGGCAUGAAGAAGCGUGUUGUGUUGAAAUGUCCCUAAUAGAAACAGACCAGGUGGCACCACAUGAAAAGACUGAGGAUGGACGUCCUAUUCUUCUUAUAUUUCUUCUGUUUCCAGAUUACUGCAGAUGUCAGUGACUGCGCCCCCCUUUCAUAUCCCCCCAACCCCCCACCCCCCUCCGCCCUCCCCUUGCCCUCACUCCCACUGCAGUCUGUGGAAGCAGUAGUGCCUCCAUGUUCCCCACGGAGCUGCCUCAGAGAACACUUCCAGAUGUUUCUUAAACCAGUUCUAGCCUGUAUUGGUGCAGAGAAAGUUCUCUUUUCACAAAUGCACAAAUUUCAGAGAGGCUACCCCUGAAAUCUUCCUGAGUUGUUUUUUUUUUUUCUGCACCUCGGGCUAUCCAUGUUUUUCUUUUGGGGGGGGGGUUCAGGAGGCAGUACAUGAAGUAAAAAGAAGAGGCAAGGAGACUCCAACACUAUCAUGACAAAGAGCGGAGAACAACAUUCUGGCAAACAGAAAAGCAUAAAGAAGACGUUUCAUUGGGUGCACAGAGUUCACACGGGACAAAGAAUGAACAGUGCACGGUCGGGCACCGGUGCAGGACAGUCAUCACCCCCAUCCCACUAACUCUGUGAAUUUCUUUCUGAAUAUUUGCUGCUGUUGUUUUCACACCCUCUUACCCCAACUUCAGGCUGAUAAGCUCCACGGCUGCUGGUGAAGUAGGGGGUUAAAAAUUGGGGCUGUUUGUGUUCACAACGUACAACUCACCUGGAAGAAUUUCAGGAAGUUUUCAGGAGUUUAAGUGCAUGCAUGAAAGCUCUACAACUGUUCUCUAACAACAGGAGGAGUGGGAUCUGUCAGCAUGAGAGCUGAAGAAGGAGCCUCUGUGUGUUAGCAGUGUUGCUCUUUUUGCCCCCUGUUAUCUGUUGAGUCAUGUGUUUGUGUCCCAGUGCCCCCCUUCGAGGCGCUUGCUAAUUACAGGAUCUAUAACCUCUCCCUCACUGCAGCCCCCGUGAGCAGCUCUGAACUGCUCUGUGUGCGUCUUAAACCACAGUGUGUACUAACACAAAGUACUAACUCGGUUACAGACGGGAGUUAAAGUGUAAGUAGGACGUUGCUAGAGAGAGAGAGAGAUUGUGUAGGAACUAAAAGGAGUGAAGAAAAGAGGGUUGGCUUGUCUGAGGUCAAAGACGGAUGAUUGCAGAGCGGCUUUUUGAAAGUUUCAGAAUGUGAGGAGGAAAGAAGAGGAUGAGGGGGAGGUGGACAGGGUGGAAAGAAUGCGCAUAGAAAAUGUUUAUAGGAUUAGGAAAGCAGAGCUGGGGUGGAGUUAGCUGGCAGGAGGAGAUGGCAUGUGACCAAAGGUAUGUUUUAAGGCCUCGUAGUAGGGUUGUCACAAAACCACAAUUGUAAUCUACGAUACAAUUCUUGUAAAACUGGAUAUCGAUACCAUGGCAACAGAAAUAGAAAGUCCAAAGCACCCAAGUACACUGUUUGAAAUGGCGUCGACAAAGUGCAAUUCAAACAGCGUGCAGGAGUUUGCUUACAAUUUUUGAUGCUUUAAUUCCUUUUACAAGCGUCUUUUAUGUGACAAAGAUUUUUAUUUGUUUAAGCUCUUGUAUAAGUUCAUAUCGAUUUUUAAAAACCCGUGGUAUCAAGUUUCGUCUUUGGUUUGAUUCAGCGGCGGCACUGUGACAAAACACUUCAAACUCAACAAGCAGACGGGGGGGGGGACAAGAGUUUGUGCUGCUGAAAGAAACUCUAAACCUGAAAGUACGGCCUGUUAUUUAGGAUGUGAAAGACCUCACUCUGAUUGUAAAGACCCCGCAGAAGAUAUUUAUUCUCUUCCUCUUUUUUUCUAUUUAUUUUUAGCACUCUGCGUUUGUUUGUCGUGUUUAUAGUCCACAGAAAGGUCAAGGACUCUAACCUGCCCUCAGUGUUUCUCAGAGUGUUUUCAAGUCUUUUUUUUUGCAAGAAUGCUAAAGGUCACACGGCAGAACUUUACCUGCCCUGAUAAAACUUUAUAACUAUGCCAUAUAUAUAGAUGGUUGUAAUGGACUUUGUCAGGUUUUUUCUGACAUGUGAAGUAGUCCACAAUGUGAAAGGUUCAAAUGAAGUGUAAUGUACUGGAUCAGUCAUGGCAUCACGUCGUAGAGCAUCUUUAUGAGUAAUGCAGUUUCUGACCUCGGCAACAUUUUAGUGCUUUUAACGUCUUUUUAAUGAAUUCAAAGGUUCGCCCAGCAUGUUCUCUUUCUGUUCAGCAUCUGCAGCCUACGCUCGUCCAAUAGUAUCCUGCUUUCUGGAACGCCAUGUGUUGAUUUGCCAAAGUACAUUCAAGGCUGCAGAUUUUAAUUUUUUUUAAGUGGCUGAAAUAAAUCUACUACAAGUACUUUACUGAUCAGAAAAUGAGAACUCCUAAAGUCCCUGUAGUUUGUGACUGAGAGGCGACUUUUUAGGAAGUUAAAUAAUGUCAAAAGGAACUGGAUCUCUGUGGGGGGAAACGUGUUGCGUCUGAUGCCAGAGAACUAUUGGACAAUGAUGAGGUAGAAUCCCAGGCCGGCGUCUUUUUAAGAGCGACAGAAGUGGUGGAUGUAUGUCACACUGCUGUGGGUUUCACGGUCACUAACUGUGAGUAAUGAGGACCUGAAGGCCUCGCAGCACGCCCUCCUCUCGCUGAGGGGAGGGCGUGCUGCUGGCCUCAGACUCGGGAGUGUGGCGAUCUGAGUUGGUGUUCCAUGCACAUGCCUGUCCUAAAAGUGCGCAGUGAGCCUGCCUUUGUGUGUAUGUGUACGUUUGUGUGCCACUACCAUUCCUCCCAUCAAGACCCGAGAUGACCCUGGUGGUGCGGGAUACAAAUUCAGGCCACCACCCUGUUUCAUUUUUUUUGUCAACAAAUCAUUCCAGCUGUUAUUGCACGUUGUUUAAAUGUUGUUCCAUGUGUAAACCUCUGCGCCUAAAUAUGUAGCUCUUGAUUGCAACAUUUUCUGACCUUGUUGUAGAAAGCUUUUUAUUGUUACUAAUGCUGACUCAUCUAUCAGCAGGAAGAGAAUAAAACACAAAAGACUGUUGA